CUCUGGUUGGCUUCACAUAACCUCACCGUGAGAGGACACUCGCUGUGGACGAUACCCGAGGAAGACCAGCGCACUGCGGCUCACUCUUCUGCCGUUCACCGGGAGGUAGAACCGGCCCUGGAGAAAAACAUAAUUCUGGGAGCAUUACAGCUGUAGCUGGGCGGUCCUUUGUUCCUCAGCAAAGAUCAUGACCUGAAAAACACCUGAGUUGCACAAGAGCUGCCAUAUCUGAAGAAGCCUGGGUGUGAAGGACGAUAAGGUCUGGGAGUGUGCGAGCAGGAUGGAGAGAGUGUCCGGGCGUGUAUGAGCCAAUGGCGUCCACGUUGUCCCGGCUGCAGUUCGGCCGGUCGCGUGGUCUUCGAGCGAAGCUGCUGCGGCGCUACGAGCACCAGCCCUUAGUGUCGUGCCUGGCCGGUCUGUACAGCUGCCGGUGGAGACGCUACGAAAGGAGCUGCGCUCAGCCCGGAGACUGCUGCUGCAACAAGUUGGAAGGGGCCAGCUUCGCUCUGCUCGUGGCGGCUUUCUGCCUAACGCUGGUGUUUCUCUACUUCUGGGGACAAGCGAAGAACGACUACAAUGACUUUGACUGGUUUAACUUUGGGAACCUGGGCUUCUGGUUUCCCUGGUCUGUGGUGCUGCUGGUCAUCGCUGCAGGCUUCUUCACCUACAUCACUGUGCUCAUGCUGCUGGCUGUGUGUUUGCUGUCGGAGGGCCAGAAGCUUUAUUUACACUGGACUCACAAGAUCGGGAUCGUGGUGAGCCUCAUCUUCUCCAUCGCAGCCACCGCCGCCCUGUCCAAACUGUGGAGUCAAGUGUGGGAAACGUUACUACUUUCCUUCCAGAUAACAGCACCUUAUUUACAUGUGGGUGGAGUCAUGCUGGUGACGGCGCUGGCCUGGCCGAUUGCUUUGCAUUUCUUUCGUAUGAACAGCAGAGUAAGACGCGGCCUGAUCAUGGCGGUGUACCUGUCCAUCCUGUUGGCCCUCUACCUGGUGCCCCUCGGUUUGUAUUCUCCUUGUAUCAAAGAGCAGCAGGAGCUGGGCCCUGCACCGACCCUCAUUGGCCACCGAGGAGCGCCCAUGCUCGCUCCAGAAAACACACUGAUGUCGUUUGAGAAGGCGGUGGAGGCUGGAAGUAAAGGUCUGGAGACGGACGUCACUAUCAGUUUCGAUGGAGUUCCCUUCCUGAUGCACGACCGCACCCUCCAGCGGACCACCAACAUCCAGGAGGUUUUCCCAAACCGGACCAACACCCCGGCGGCCAUGUUCACCUGGGCAGAGUUGGAGACCCUGAAUGCCGGGGCCUGGUUCCUCUCUCACAAUCCGUUCGGUACAGCCGGCUCUCUGGGAGCAGAGAACCGGCGGCGGGCGGGGAACCAGUCCGUCUGCAGCCUGCAGGCCUUCCUCCAGCUGGCAGCUCACACCGACAAACUGGUGAUCUUCGACCUCUACCGCCCACCCAGAGGUCACCCGUACAGAGACACCUGGAUCCAACGCACGCUGGAGGUCGUCCAGAACGAGUCCUCCAUUCGGUCCUCACAGGUGCUGUGGCUGCCGUCAGAUCUGAGGGCUCUGGUGCAGGAAAUUGAUCCUGAGCUCCAGCAGACGGCGGGCAGUCCGCUCCCUCUAGAGGAGCUGCAGAGUAACCACAUCGUCAAGCUGAACCUGCACUACAGCUCCAUGUCUGCUGAGCUCACCAGCGAGUACAGCGCCGUGAACAUCACCACCAACCUGUAUGUGAUCAGCCAGCCGUGGCUCUACUCUCUGGCCUGGUGUAGUGGCGUCCACUCGGUCACCACCAACGCCCCCCAGCUCCUCAGCUCCAUGACUGCCCCUCUCUUCCUCAUGAGUCCAGAUGAGUACAACCUGAUGUGGAUUCUCACUGAUUUGUUGUCCCUCGUGUUGAUCCUCAUCAUCUUCAUUUUCCACUGGUGGCGAGAGCGAGGACUGGCUUUCAGCUCGGACAAUAAAGUCACUCUGGACAACGGCACUUACAGCAAGUUCAAGACAGAGAUGAGCGACAUAUGGUCAGUCUCCAGCACUAACUCGCAAGCAGAGAAGACUCCAAGCCUAGCAACCAUCACAGAGCACUAACAUCCGCCUCUGGCAACGCUGAGCCUUAUACUGCCAACCUGUAAGAUCUCAGUAAAGUCUUCACUUUGUUUUCAAUGAAAUAAAGUGAUGGAAACCUUUGGUCA